AUGCGUGAAGCUGCGGUCCGCGCGCACGUGCGUCUAGCAGACAACGUGUGUAGGCCGCUGCCGGUGGGGCGCGACCCGGCGCACAAAGGACGCGGAGCCAACAUAAAUAAACCGCAGGCGGCGGUGCGCCGCCACUGCACCAGCAGCAAUCAACAAGUUCGAAGAGCAGGCGCGUGGCAGUCGGCCUUGCACCGCGCUGCCUUACCGACGCUGCGGAGUAGUGCGCGCGCGGCCACCAGAGACCGCCAGCGGGCGGGAGGCGGCGCCGAGAGGGGCUGCGCGGCGCAGCCGGGAGGGGGUUCGACUCCCGCCCACCGCGGCCCCCGUCAGGAGGGCGGGCCGUCGGGGGCGGCGCCACGACCCGCCCACCGCCCCCGGGCGCGCGAGCACAUGGUCAGCCGCGUACCUGGGCGCAGCGCACACGUGGAGGCUGCGGCGCAUCGUUGUAUUACUGCUUCCACGUCGAUCAACUUGGACUUCGUCACACUUGUCGCCUGGGCCUCCAACGCGAUCCGCUGGCUGCGCCAGAAAAAGUGGCUUAUCCCUACCUCGCCGUGCACUGCAGACACCUCUCGGGGAGCCGCCUCGGCGCCGCCUCCCGCCCCUCCGCCCCCACGCGGCGCUCGCGAGCCGGCUGGCGGCGGGCUGCGUGCCUGCGCGCCUCGAGCUGUCACUCUUAAGCCGUCGUCUCUUGUCGCAACCCUUCCUCGGCUGCGCCUUAUCAAAGCGCCACCUGCUCCUCCUUACCGAAACAACGGAGAUUUAAUGACGUGCGUGCCCCGGCGCCUCUGGCGGCUAAAAGCCACCCCCGCCCCCUUCCCCCGCAGCCGCGCGGCUCACCUCUCGUCCCCUCAUUUGUCGUUUUCUUCUCGCGAGAGGUGGGGGACUUCCCCUCCCGCCUCCUUGCCCCUCCCCCCCACCCCGCCCCCUGCCUCUCCGACGCCCACGCUCGUGGCGAGCGCCCUCAAACAGCUAAGGGGCGCCGCGUCGGAGCGUCGACCCGCUCUGCUUGUCGCCAGUUCUUACCCGUUCCUUAGGGGGCGCCGGCCGGGCUCAGAGAUGAAUCGUAUUCGUAAUAUCUUCCGGCGACAGGGGGAAGGGCUGGCAGAAGCAGUUUCCCGCCGCCCGCUCACCUGGCGGGGCUACCGCUGUGGCCCGCAGGCGCCAUCAGCGGCGGCUCCAGAGGACCCGGCCGGGCCGCCACCUCGCUACAAUAAACAGAACGGCGGUAACAACAUCCGUUACCGUGAUGGAUCUAGCAAUAUCUGCAGCGGCGCCGCUUGCUUUCUCAUUACGGGCGGUCGCAUUUCACGGCGGCGCGGCCCACACCCCGCCGCAACACGCUAA